AUGUACACUGGUGAAAGGAUUGUCCCUAUUAAGCUUGAUCUUCGAGUAAAUCAUACUCUAAUAAGGGACCAGUUUUUGUGGGAUUUGAACAAUUUUGAGAGUGAUCCGGAAGAAUUCGCAAGAACCUUCUGCAAAGAGCUGGGUAUUGAAGAUCCUGAAGUUGGAGUAAGUAGUGCAAAUUUAGCUUCAUCCUUGAAGACUAUGGAUUUGGGGAAAAAAUAUUCAAAUUGA